UCGCUAUAUGCAGAGCAAACUUCGCGUACCUGAUACUCAACAAUCGCUCUGUUCCACGCACAGUCAGGGGAUUAUAGAUGGGUCCAAGCCGUGCAAAGUUAAUUGACAUCCGCCCACGCCAAUCGACCAUGAGACGGGCCCUGCUGAAAUUGCGUGACCCUAACGAAAAGAGGUUACUACAAGAUAACAUCGAGAAUUUUCUCGAGACAUGCAUUCCCAGAAGGGAUGGCUCUUUGAGAGAUCAGGACACCUCGAGGAAGGUGAUGCGAGUCCUCGAUACCCACACUGGUCGCUUCGUUUGGAUCGAUCCAGUCCAAGAGGAAUAUGCCAUACUGUCGCACACUUGGGAUCCGAUUGGCGAACAGACAUACAGCUCCGUCCGGGACCUGCAACUUUCCACGGAAUCUACGCUCUUUCAGAACCAAGCCCUCUCCUCCAAGGUCAUGCAGGCAUGCGCCAUCGCACGUAGAGAUGGAUUUCGCUACAUCUGGAUCGACUCCUGCUGUAUCGACAAGACGAGCAGCUCCGAAUUGUCGGAGGCGAUCAAUUCAAUGUUCGACUGGUACCGUCGAGCUGCCCUUUGCUACGCGUUUCUCGCAGACGUUCCCAAUCGAUCAGACUCGGAUGCGUUAUCUCGCUUCGAGGGUAGCAGGUGGUUCAAGAGGGGAUGGACGCUUCAGGAGCUCAUCGCACCUAGAUCCCUCGUCUUCUUGUCCGCCGACUGGGAGGUUUUCGGCACGAAGACCACGCUGAUCGCGACUGUAGCGAAGGUGACGGGCGUCGAGGAAGGAGUCUUGAGACAUCAGAAGGCGCUCAGUUCAGUCCCGGUGGUGGUGCGGAUGUCCUGGGCCGCCAAUCGAGAGACGACGAGAGUGGAGGACAGAGCCUACUCGCUGUUCGGGAUCUUCAACAUCCGCCUCAAUGCGCUCUACGGAGAAGGGGAGAACGCGUUCAUUCGCCUGCAGGAGGAGAUCCUCGUGAGGAUUCCCGAUCAAACCAUCUUCGCGUGGGGCUCCGGGGUGACCUCCCACCUGGGCCCAUCACCGCUUCCACGGUCCCCUCUGUCCAGAAUAACGCUCUAUGAGAACGCGGGAACCAGACCGCGCUUCUUGCUCCCCCUCUCGCCGACGGAUUUCGCAGAGUCUGGUCAGAUCUACCCGAUUCCACCCGGGCGCUGGAACGACUUCGGACUCAGUAACAUCCCCAUCCCCGAAUUUACCACUUCACCCUACGGAAUACGUACCCAGCUCCCACUGCUACCCAUCGCCGUGUACUUUGGUAAAGCUCAUUUCGAUAACACCCUCUCUUCCAACAAGGCUUGGUACCUGGCGAUCUUCGCUUGCGAACACUCCUCCUACAGGGGUAGGGUGUUGGCACGCGUUUGCUUCGCAAAACGGUCCCAGGACCCUCAGCAUCCCAAGCUUCUGCAGCGCGGUUUCAUCGUGUUGUCUGACCCUCCGAGGGACAACAUCCGAGGGUGCUUUGAUAUGGUCACGUUGGACUGGACGCAGCUCCGAGACUGGCGCAGCGAGCUCCUCGUCCAGACUGUCUACAUACCUUUCACGAACCCAGCGACGUCCCUACGGCGCGAACUCCCGCCUUCUCCCACAAUCACUUCACCCUCAUCGCUUGGAAAGCCCGCUCUCCGCAUCAUACUCGAAGACUGGUGCCGUGCAGCAUUGGCCGCCCAAGGCUACGAGGACAAGCUGGACUUCCUCAUCAUCGGGCGGAAGGGGCGGAAGAGGGAGACGCUUGGGCUGCAUUGUCUCCUCCUAUCCAGGCACGACCUAGUGGUCAGACUCGAGUUUGAGUUCCAGUACCUACGGAACUCCACUGCACCCGGGCAUAGUCUGCAAGUGACCGCAUCGACCUUCUUGCCUACGGCCCCCCAAACGCUACCGAUGAACCUCAUCUCCGAAUCCGAUGAUCGAGCGCUUACGCAAUGGUAUGGGGAGUCAGGCUUUCCCGACAUCGAGCUCCAAACCCAGGCGGGGCGCCGGUUGACGCUGGUGCUCCAUAUUGCGGAGGUGCCACCGAAGGACGAGGACGUGGACGCGCAUUGGUUCAAGUUACGAGUCGAGAUCAUAGAGGAGCAUACCGAGAAUUCCGCGCAGCUGAAGGAGAAUGUAGACCAAGACGACUCGCCGCAGUGACGCCUCUGAUAUAUGAGGGUUCCCGAAGUGUACGUUUCUUCUGUAUGUCUGCACUCUUUGGCUGUCUGGCGACCAUGGCAAGACAGAAGAUACUCACAGGAUAUGAUAUCAGUAUCGUUUGCUCAUGUCGCCUAGAAUCUGGUUGUUGAUGACGACGCGUAUGUUGUUCGACGCCAUGGGGCUGGCUUCUUAAGAACGUACAGAACGCGAGAUGUUCAAUACGAAAUCCCAUCGCCUUGAUCUGGUGCACUGCGGGACCUAGAUCUUGAAGUCAGCGCUUUAAAAGCUACCCCUUUGUAUUUAUCGAUACAAGAUCAUAAUCAAAUCAAAUCAA